AUGUAAACAGAGAAACCCACGCCAAAAACAGAGGCUGAUUAUUAGGCUUAAGCAGCAUAAUUCUCAGAUGCACAGUUAUAAGAAGAAAUUAAUAAGCUAAUGAAGAGAGCACAUGAAUUAAGGAAUUAAUGUUCAAGGGAAGUGAAUCAAAAAAAGCACUAUGAAGAUUCAUUAGAAAGUACAAAGAAGAGAGUGUAAUCAUUUGUUUAUUAUGUCAAGGGGUAUUAUGACAACUCUCCCAUACUUGGUAUCAAAUGUGGUUGAGAUCUUGGACAUCGAGGCCGAAGAUAAAGAUUAACAAGAUCAAUCUGUGACUGAUGGUUAUGCUACAAUUUCUGGGAAAGGUGUAGUAAUCAAGACAACUACAAGACAAACAAUCUUUUUACCAGUCACUGGUUUAUUGAAUGCAUCAUAAUUAAAACCUGCAGAAUUGAUUGGAGUCAACAAGGAUGGCUAUAUGUUAUAUGAAAAAUUACCAACUGAAUAUGAUGCUAGAGGUAAUGAGACACUCUUAUGAUAAUAGUCAAGACAAUGGAAGUCGAUGAGAAACCAUAGGAAGACUAUACAGAUAUUGGAGGAUUGGAUAAAUAGAUUGAGGAAUUGAGAGAAGCUAUUGUCUUACCAAUUGUGCAUAAGGAGAGAUUUGAAAACAUAGGAAUUAGGUAUUUAUAAUAUCUAUCAAUUAAACUAGACCACCCAAAGGAGUGUUGAUGCAUGGACCACCAGGAACAGGUAAAACUAUGAUGGCUAGAGCCUGUGCUGCUUAAACCAAGGCUACAUUCUUGAAAUUGGCUGGACCUCAAUUAGUGUAAAUGUUUAUUGGAGAUGGUGCUAAAAUGGUUAGAGAUGCCUUCCAAUUGGCUCAAGAAAAGGCCCCCGCCAUCAUAUUUAUUGAUGAAUUAGAUGCCAUUGGAACAAAAAGAUAUGACAGUGACAAGAAUGGUGAUAGAGAAGUCUAAAGAACUAUGCUUGAGUUGUUGAAUUAAUUAGAUGGAUUUAGUCCUGAUGAUAGAAUUAAAGUAAUAUUGAAUACAAUCUCAUUAGGUUAUUGCUGCAACCAAUAGACCUGAUAUAUUAGAUCCAGCUUUGUUGAGAUCAGGGAGAUUGGAUAGGAAGAUUGAGUUCCCAUUGCCAAAUGAAGAGGCUAGAGCUUAAAUUUUAAAGAUUCAUUCUAGAAAGAUGUCUGUGGCCAAAGAAACUGUGAAUUAUGUGGAAAUCGCUAGAAGUACUGAUGAAUUUAAUGGAGCCCAAUUGAAGGCUGUCUGGUAUCAUUUAAAUUAUAUUGGAUAGUGUUGAAGCUGGUAUGAUUGCAUUGAAUAGAGGAGGAACAUUUUUGAUUCAUGAGGAUUUUGUGGAGGGCAUCGCUGUUGUACAAGCUAAAAAGAAAAGUAGUUUAAAUUAUUAUGCUUGA